AUGUAUAUAUUCACGAUCAAAUUCCCUGUUUUGCAUUCAUUCUACACAUCCUCCAUCUUUACAAAUUCGAAUAUUUUCUUAAGAUACAACGGCGGGCCGUUUUUGAUUUCGCUUCUCGACACUCUUUUUAUUGGUGCUAGCCAUCUGUUUCAUUCUCUAUACCUACACGGAGAUUUUUCAGUACUUUCAUUCAUCAUGAUGAUUUCUGUUUACCGAGCUGUGCUCGCUUGUGCUCUCGUUCUCUCGGGCGCCACAAAUGUCCUGUCUUUCCCUCUGGCAGCUCGGCAGAGUGCUAUCACUGAUGUAGACAUUCUACAGUUUGCCCUAACGCUUGAACAUCUUGAGAACACUUUCUACAAACAAGCCCUCGCUAAAUUCACAGAAGUUGAAUUCAUCGCUGCGGGCUUUGAUGAGAAUUUCGUUAAGAACUUGAACUUCGUCGCCCACGAUGAAGAGCAACAUGUUGUCUUUUUGGAGACAGCCAUUAAACAAGCUGGUGCAACCCCUGUUGCCGCUUGUCAAUACAAUUUCCCCAUAACCGACGUAACGAGCUUUGUCAAUCUUGCAACGGUCUUGGAAGGUGUCGGCGUUUCGGCUUACUUGGGUGCGGCCACCGCAAUCUCUUCAAAGGAGAUCCUCAAUGUCGCUGCUGCAAUUACUGUGUCGGAGGGUCUUCAUCAGGCAAUUCAACGUGCUAGUCUUCUUGACGUGGUCUCCGCCAAUAUCGCUGGUACCCCGUUGACGCCUAACGCCAUAUUCACUAUUGCCAGCUCCUUCAUUACAGCCUGCCCUUCGACAAAUGCCGCCUUGCCAUUCAAGGCUUUUCCAGCAAUCGCAGUCAAUGGUAUCCCCAAUCCUGCUCAGGCAAUUCCUGUUAACACAGUUGCGAGUCUGGCCAUGCCUGGUCCUAACCCCCCGGCAAUUCCUGCGACUGCCUUCGUCACCUUUGUCAGUGGUAUUGACAUAAUUAGUGUACCUGCCCAGGUCGUUAACGGAGCCAUCGCUGUCACGAUCCCUCCGCAGGCCUCCGGUCAGAUAUUUGGUCUCCUGACGACUGAGUCUUUGACCGGAACUGGUACGCUUCUCGAUGAAACCAAAGUGAUUGCCGGCCCAGCAAUCAUGGAAAUCCAGCCAGCCUCGCCUUCGAUCGAUUUUACUGUCCUGUGAUUGAUAGCUCGGCAGAGAUAGGGGGUAGGAGGUGUGGUAUUAUAAAUACCAGGGAUGUUUGAAUUGGCCAUGAAAUUUUGUUUUGUUUAUGCGAUUAUCAUAUGGAUAACCCAAGUCGUCUGUCAGCAUAAGUAGAUGAAUAUCGAAA